AUGUUUGGCCUUGUAAAGGGGAAAAACGUUGGAUUGCUAAUUGAUUCAUCACAUCUAAACUGUGGUCCAAGGAGAAUGGAUUUCCUAAGAGGCCUACUGUGCCUUGUGGAUGAGCAGAUAUGUUACAAGGAUACAAUAUAUCUGAUGUCCUUUGGAACAGAUGUUUCAUGCCUUUGGGAGUCUCCAAGGAAUGUCAAUGUCCGAAUAUUGCAUGAAGCAAGGCAGUGGAUUCAAGAACUGCAACCUCGUGGAGGCUGUAACUUACUUCUAGCGCUAGGAAAAAGCUCUGCAGAUCCAAGACUUGGAUUUACUUGUCAUUGUUGUCAACAGCUGCCCUGACCAGGACCCGGAUGUCUUAGCGGACUACAUCUUGCAAUGUACCCUCGGAAAAAAUCUCCAAGUUCACAUUGUAUCAUUUGACAGCAUUGCCCAGGCUGAUUUACAAAGACUGGCGGACACAAUUGGCGGGCAUUUUCACUGCUUCUCGUCUUGGAAAGAGGAUGAGAUCUAUGCCAGCACCGAUAUCAAACUUCUGGUUGAAGAGGUGCACAAAGCCAAUAACCUGCUAAAUAAAAUAAAUGAGAUGCGUCAAGGAACACUGGAUGAUGCGCUUAUUAAAAUAAUGCAGGAGAUAUCAACAAGAGUGGCUAAAAUCUCUCCGUCUGCUUUCCUUCCUAAACCUCCCAACCAUGAUGGACCACUGAACAUAGAGAUUCCCAAUUUUUCACCAAAAACAUCAACUGAAUGGCUUAAGAAAAAUGGGUUAAAAGCCAAAAAACUGACCCUCUACCAAGUACUAGCUCCAAAUGCAUAUUCCCUUGUAGAAGAUUUUGUUCCUAUACUUCAGAAAAGAGUCUCAUCCACACUUCAUGAGCGAGCAAUGAUGCAGUUUGAAUGGCAUGAUGGCUCUGUGAAAAACAUUCAUGUGGAUCCUCCAUUGUUGUAUGAAUAUCAGAAACAGCUAGCAAAAGUUGCUCAAACCUAUGAAAAAAGAAUAGACUGGCUUACUAAACGAAGUAGAAGAAUUUGGGGAACUAUUUGUGAAAAAAGGGUUAUUUUGCUUGUGGAUACGUCAUUUGAGAAUGCUAUGCACAUUAUACAUAUCCAGCAUUUUCUGAGACUUUUAAUGGAAGAACAAAUGGGAAACAAACAGUUAUUUAACAUUAUAUCAUUUGGAAAUGAUAUCCAAUUUUGGAAGCCGGAAAUGGUUCCUGCAACUUCAGAAAACCUGCAAAGUGCUUGGAAGUGGAUCCUGAACCUCCAGUGUGAGGGUGGAAGGAAUGUUCUGGGUGCCAUUAAAAGAGCCAUUGAAUUUAACUUCAAUGAUAGAGAAGAUGAAGAAUCCCAGGGACUAUACUUAUUUACUAGUGGUCUCCCAGAUCAAGAGCUUCAUGCAGUGUCUGCUUACUUGUCUGAAGCUACCUCUGGCUGUGAUUUACAGCUUCAUGUCUGCUUGUUCAGCAUUGAUGAUGACAGCUCUGAUCACAUCAGUGACAGGAGUGACACAGUCUGUGUUCUACAAGAUUUGGCUCAUGUCACUAAUGGAAGGUUUCACAGGUUUGCUGACAAAGGUAUUAUUGAAAGCGAUGACAUCACUUGUCUUGUCUCAGAGAUGGAAAAGGCUGUUAACUACUCCAAAAAGUGUGCUUUUUUGGUUGAAUCGUUAAAACGCCGCAAUGGUAAUAAAGAAGAGAACCAGAUGCCCCCAGCGGAAGGAUCAGUGGAGCCAUAUCAGAAAGAGAAAUACAGGCCAAAAACACUGCCACUUCCAAAACCUACUGCUCUUACACUUGCCCGAAUGGGCAUUAAGAAUGAUCAAGAAGGCAAGAAGGACACUAGCAUGAAAGCAUUGAUGUGGCGACCAAAUAGUGCCAAAGCUGAUAUCCCUCCAGCUCAAACAUUUAAAGAUUGGGACUUUGGCAGUGACAAGAAAAUAAAACAAAAGAAACAACAGAAAGCUUCAUUUGAUAUUUUUUAUACUGAAAAUGGAAGACAUAUAGGGGUGGUGUACAAGGACUAUCCAGCAACCAAAACCGUGAGGAAAAAGUAUUCCCUUCAUUGCUUUACCCAAAGAAGAAGAAUGCUGUUCAUCCAAAGCAUGGCUGAAAAAGUAUGGUUUGAAGAAACUGAAGUUACAGCUCACCAAGCUGGUAUCCGGUCCAGAUUGCACUCAUCAGAAAAAGUUGGUGCCGGCAUUACACAAACAGGUUUCUGCAAAAUAUUGCACUAUUUUCCCAAGCGUGGAGAUUAAUGGAGUGGUGAAACACCUUCAAUUUCAGCCCAGGGAGCUGGAGGAAUAUAUUGAGCAACUGGAGAAGGUUUUGAAACGCUAUAUUCAGCGACUGCAGUGGCUUUUAUCUGGAAGUCGACAGCUGCUUGGCGUGAUAUUGGAGAGCAAAGUAUGUAUAAUAAUCGAUUCAUCCAGCUCCAUGGCUCCUUUCCUACCAGAGCUGCAGAAGGGCUUGAUCUCAAUGCUGUGGGAACAACUAAGGGCUAGAAACAUUUGGUUCAAUAUGAUCAGCUUUGGAGAGAACAUUGAGCAAUGGCAGGAGUGUUUGGUGGAGGCCACUGAUGAAGCAUGUCAGGAUGCUGUACAAUGGCUUUCUAGGCUACAGCCUCGAGGAGACUCCUGUACUGUUCAUGCUCUGGAGAAAAGUUUGUCUUACCUGGAUGUGCAAGGUGUUUAUCUGCUGACAGAUGGAAAGCCAGACAACAGCUAUAACCUUUUGCUGGCUGAGAAAAUUCUGGGGUCUCAUGGUGUCAGAGUGAACACUGUUUCAUUUAACACCUCAGAGAGAGCGGGCAAUGAAUUCCUAAAGAGGCUGGCAUAUCUGUCAGGCGGGAGAUUCCAUUCACCUCAUGGACAUAUGGACGGCCAUUUUGUUGCACAUAGGAUGCUAACCGAGGGGUUCACAGAUGAAGAUGAUCCUGUUCUUCCAAUAUUUGAAGGUGAUGAUCUAAAAAGACUUGCUAAAGAAAUAGACCAAGCUCGCCAGUUUAUCACCCGAGCAAGAUCAUUCCGGUCUCUUGUCCUGGAAAAGCAGAAGUUCAUCUCCAAAGAUGUACCUUUGGAAGAAAGUGACCUCUCAGAAGACAAAAAUGGGGUUAUGGCUGGAAGAAUUACUUAA